AUGUCAAAUAUUAAACGUUUAAUAGUUCUUGAUCUCAAUGGUCUAUUGAUUCAUCGUGUUCAUAAAAGUCUCUAUGUAAAAUGUAAACCUAUGUUCAAAGAACAAUACGAUAUGGGAAAUCUACCCCAACCCGUACCAAAAGGUAAUUUUGCUGUAUGGUUACGUCCUAAUGUUAAACAAUUUCUUAUGUGGCUAAUGGAUCGUUUUCAUGUUGCCAUAUGGUCGUCUGUGCUAUAUCAUAAUAUUGCACCUAUUGUUGAAAUAUUGUUACCCGAUGAACGUGAUCGUUCUCGUUUAUUGUUUUGGUGGAAUCAAGAACAUUGUUUCAUUGAAGAAGAUCCAGCAGCAAAAGACCCAACGAAUUCAAAAGUAUUUUUUAAACGCUUGUCAUCAGUAUGGGAUGAUGUUGAAAUUAACGAACGUUGGUUGAUGGAUCAACCGAAAGAUAGCGAACUACGUAAUAAUACGCUAUUAAUUGAUGAUAACAAAGCAAAGGUACGUGAUAAUCCAAUUUAUACAUCCAUCCAUCCACGAUCAUGGAAAUUAUUUGAAUUAUAUGAUGACAAUAAUAAUUUACGAAUCUACAAAGAUGACGUAUUAGAAAACAAUGGACAACUAAUGAUAUGGUUAGAAGGUUUAUUAGAAUGGAAGGGAACUGUACCUGAAUAUGUGGAAAAACAUCCAUACGUUGAUAUGCCUUUAGAAGAAAUUAAAAAAAAAGAAAGGGAUUCUUGGGGUUCUAGCUGGGACUAA